UGCUCAAGCCCAAAGAAGAAGCCUCCUCCCGGAAGUUCCUUCACUACUGCGGUGUUGAUGGUGUCUUUAAGCAUUUUGAAAGGAACACAUUGGCAUGUCGAUAUCUAGAAGGAACUAGUAGUUGACAAUGGAGAUCCUCACUCCUCAUGUUUACUGGGCCCAGCGUCAUGGAGAGAUUUUUCUCCGGGUGGAGUUGAGCGAUGCUAAGAAUCUUGAAAUCAACCUCCAUGAAAAAACUAUGCAGUUCAGAGCACAGGGCCAUGGAGCUAAAGGAGAUAAUGAAUACAGGUUUAUUUUGGAGUUCUUGGAAGCCAUCCGACCUGAGAUUGAACAGAAGUCAACCCAGCGUCAGGUGGACAUCAAAAUCAAGAAGCAGGAGGAGCACUGGUGGAACCGUCUGACGCUGCAGGAGAAGAGGCCUCUGUUUCUGGCCCCUGACUUUAACCGCUGGCUGGACGAGUCUGAUGCCGAGAUGGAACUUCAGGCUAAGGAGGAGGAAAGGAUAAACAAGAUAAGUGUGGAGUCAAGAGUUCGUAAAGACCACUACCUCGGGGUUAAAAAAGGCUACCUAUUUAUGUACAACCUGGUGCAGUUCCUCGGAUUUUCAUGGAUCUUUGUCAACAUGACGGUUCGACUCUUCAUUCUUGGUCAAGAUUCCUUCUACGACACCUUUCACACCACAGCUGAUAUGAUGUAUUUCUGUCAGAUGAUGGCCGCGCUGGAAGUUAUUAAUCCUUUGCUAGGCUUGGUCAAGACGGGAGUUUUCCCCGCCAUGAUACAGGUCGCGGGGAGGAACGUCAUUUUGUUUGUCAUAUUUGGCAGCCUGGAAGAGAUGCAGAACAGACCUGUUGUCUUCUUCGUGUUCUACCUGUGGAGCACUAUCGAGGUGUUCAGGUACCCUUUCUAUAUGCUGGCCUGCAUGGGCACCGAGUGGAAGCUGUUGACCUGGCUAAGAUACAGCCUUUGGAUUCCUCUCUACCCACUAGGGGUUGUUGCUGAAGCGGUGGCUCUGAUCCAGUCCCUCCCCAUCUUUGAUGAGAACCGUCUCUUCAGCCUCCCGCUGCCUGCAGUGCUGGGGCACUCCUUAAGCUUCUCGUACACUCUGCAGCUCUACCUGGCGCUCAUGUUCUUAGGACUCUUCAUCAAUUUCCGAUAUCUAUACAAGCAGAGACAGAGACGAUACCGAUCAAGGAAACGCAAGCUCCACUAAUGAAGCAGGACGUCAUUCAUACUCGAUGUUUCCUUUUCUUAUUCCCUUUAGUGUACACACACAAAGGUGAAUACUUACAUUGUUCCUCCAUUUCCUGGAUGUUCUCAUAGCUUGACUAUGAAUUGAGAGUAUUAAAACAUCCACCUUGUUUAUUUAUUGUUAGCUACAGCCAUAAAUAAGAUGGUCAUCUUUUCAAAGGAAGAUGUCAGCCCUCCAACCCUGACAUAUAUGAAACCAUAUAUGCAAACAUUCAAUAUACAGUAUGCCUUCUUCACUUAUUGGAUUCACAUGUUGUGUUGUAUAGUGCUACUGCAGUCAAAAACAUAUUCAACUUUUUAUUGUGGCCUGUUUGAGAAUUAUUUUAUGGCUGAAUAUUUAGGAACUGUGUUCUUAUAAAAAAUAUUUAAGAUUGUGCAUUGCUGACUUUUCAAAAAGUAUAUGUUAGUAUUAUAAUCAGGUAAUACUGUAUGGUCAAUAAUUAACUUGUACAGUGUGUCCAAUAAAGUCUGGAUAAGAUAUACACACACAUGUGAAUACAAAAAAG